AUGACCACUCCUACGGAAUUUCACGAAACCACCGCUCCCAAGAAGAAGCGGACACGCCGAGCACGCAAAGAAAACACUCCUGGUCCUGUCACUAUGAAACCCAAGAAGAUCUUGUUUGUGGAUGAGAUCGGAGAUUCUUUGGUUGAUCAGCUCUGUGAGAUAGCCAAGCGCAACGACAAUGAUGACAAUCUUGCUGCCUCGUCCAUUUCCCUCCUCGAUCACUUGCGCAGCAACAUCACAGCACGUCCGGCAGCCUCUUCCUGUUCCAGCUCAGGAAGCUUUCAUACAAUAUCUUAUUCUAGCCCUGCGACGAGUGUGAACAGUCAUGAACUCCCCCUGGUCACUCCCUCACAAGUACCAACGAAGGCCAAUGUCCUACACCCAACCACAGAUUCCCUUUACACGAAGGCAGAAGGCAGAGACCAAGAUGCGGUAUUUAGACUCGACGAUUUCAAAACUAUGACAGCUAUCCAACAGAUAGCUGCACUACAUGGCAGAGUGGCGCACAUGGGAAUCCUCGACCACAGCUACCAAUUCUUCGUGAACAAAUCAAGGACGGCAGCAUUGUCAUUUAAGACUCAGAACGGGGUCGCAGUCAUCGGUGGAGAUCCAUUAUGCAAUAAAGACGAAAUCUCCGAGCUCCUGUCGGAAUUUGCAGCCUACCGACAACGACAUCACCUGAGCAUAGCAUUCAUGGGUGCCAGCGAAUCCUUCCUCAAAGACUACGCCCAACCAAAGAGCUGGACCACAAUCCACUUCGCCACAGAGCGCGUACUCAACCCCCAGACAAACGAAGUGAUCCUCGAGAACAGCGGGAAACGUAUCCUGACUAAAAGCCGUCAGCUCACUAACAAAAACAAAGGUGGAAUCACUAUGGGCGUGUACGCCCCUGCUGUGCACGGCAUAAACCAGGAACUUCAAACCAACCUAAUCACCAUCUACGAUGCCUGGCGCGCCGAGCGAAACGCAUCCGCCAGUCCACAAGCCUUCAUAACCGUCUAUGACCCCUUCGCUGUCCCCGCUUUGAUGACAUUCAUAUACACCCGCACCCCUGACGGUAACAUCAACGGAUUCGCCGCUCUUCGACGUCUCGGCUCCGGUGGAUACCAUAUCGACCCUUGUAUCGCAGCCCCAGGCAGCGUAAAUGGAAUCAGCGACCUUCUUCUCAUCAUGGCGAUGGCGCUCCUCCGACGCGCUGGCGUCUCAUACCUCGGCCUCGGCGUCGAACCACUACAAUCACUCACCCCCGAAGACGUCAGCGGCAUGCCGUGGCCCUGUAAGAAGUUCACACGCGGUCUAUACGGUCAUGCGUUUCAGCGUCUACCCAUCGGCGGCAAGAAGGCAUAUCAUGAUAAAUUCCGCCCGGACUCAACUCAGGACUCGGAUCUUUAUCUUGUUUUCCCAUCUGGCAUACCCAGUCCACGACAUAUGCUUGCUAUGACCCAUAUGGCUAACAUCAGUUUGCGGAAGAUGUUCCGGGCGGAUGUUGAGUCGUUUGUGUUGACUCGCAAGUUGAAGGCCGGUGGUAAGGAGAGUCCUGCGGAAGAGACCGAUACGGGUAAAGGGUUUAAGGAGGAGGAGGUUCUUGUACUCUAUUCGCCUUGUGUGCGUUAA